AUGGCCCCGUGGCUGCAGCUCUGCUCUGUCUUCUUCACCGUCAACGCCUGCCUCAACGGCUCGCAGCUGGCUGUGGCUGCCGGCGGCUCUGGCCGCACGCGGGUUGCCGACACCUGUGGCUGGAGGGGAGUGGGGCCAGCCAGCAGAAACAGUGGGCUGCACAACAUCACCUUCAGAUAUGACAACUGUACCACCUAUCUGAAUCCAGUGGGGAAACAUGUGAUUGCUGAUGCCCAGAACAUUACCGUCAGCCAGUAUGCUUGCCAUGACCAAGUGGCAGUCACCAUUCUUUGGUCCCCAGGGGCCCUCGGCAUCGAAUUCCUGAAAGGAUUUCGGGUAAUACUGGAGGAGCUGAAGUCAGAGGGAAGACAGUGCCAACAACUGAUUCUAAAGGACCCGAAGCAGCUCAACAGUAGCUUCAAAAGAACUGGAAUGGAAUCUCAACCUUUCCUGAACAUGAAAUUUGAAACGGAUUACUUUGUAAAGGUUAUACCUUUUCCUUCCAUUAAAAAUGAAAGCAAUUACCACCCUUUCUUCUUCAGAACCCGAGCUUGCGACCUGUUGUUACAGCCGGACAACCUGGCUUGCAAACCCUUCUGGAAGCCUCGGAAUCUGAACAUCACCCAGCACGGUUUGGACAUGCAGGUGUCCUUUGACCAUGCACCUCACAGCUUUGGCUUCCGUUUCUUCUAUCUUCAUUACAAACUCAAGCACGAGGGACCCUUUAGGAGAAAGCUGUGUAAACAGGAGCAAAGUACAGAGACAACCAGCUGCCUUCUUCAAAAUGUUCCUCCAGGGGAUUACAUAAUUGAGCUAGUGGAUGAUACUAACGCAACAAGAAAAGUGAUGCAGUAUUCCUUAAAGCCAGUGCAUUCCCCAUGGGCUGGGCCCAUCAGAGCUGUGGCCAUCACUGUCCCCCUGGUUGUGAUAUCUGCGUUCGCAACACUCUUCACUGUGAUGUGCCGCAAGAAACAACAAGAAAAUAUAUAUUCACAUUUAGAUGAAGAGAGCUCUGAGUCUUCCACCUAUACUGCAGCACUUCCCAGAGAGAGGCUCCGGCCAAGACCGAAGGUGUUUCUUUGCUAUUCCAGCAAAGAUGGCCAGAAUCAUAUGAAUGUUGUCCAGUGCUUUGCCUAUUUCCUCCAGGACUUUUGUGGCUGUGAGGUGGCUUUGGACCUGUGGGAAGACUUUAGCCUUUGUAGAGAAGGGCAGAAAGAAUGGGUCUUCCAGAAGAUCCACGAGUCAGAGUUCAUCAUUGUGAUUUGUUCCAAAGGCAUGAAGUACUUUGUGGACAAGAAGAAUUACAAACACAAAGGAGGCAGCCAAGGCUCAGGAAAAGGGGAGCUCUUCCUGGUGGCUGUGGCAGCCAUUGGCGAAAAGCUCCGCCAGGCCAAGCAGAGUUCAUCUGCAGCACUCAGCAAGUUCAUCGCCGUCUACUUUGAUUAUUCCUGUGAAGGAGAUGUUCCCGUUGUCCUGGACCUGAGCACUAAAUACAAACUCAUGGACAAUCUUCCCCAGCUCUGUUCUCAUCUGCAUUCCCGAGACCACAGCCUCCAGGAGCCAGGGCAGCACCUGGGACACGGCAGCAGAAGGAACUACUUCCGGAGCAAGUCAGGCAGGUCCCUGUAUGUCGCCAUUUGCAAUAUGCACCAGUUUAUUGACGAGGAGCCUGACUGGUUUGAAAAACAGUUGGUUCCUCUCCACCCUCCCCCGCUGCGCUACCGGGAGCCAGUCCUAGAGAAGUUUGACUCCGGAUUGGUUUUAAAUGAUGUCAUAUGUAAACCAGGGCCUGAGAAUGAUUUCUGCUUAAAGGCUGAGGCCUCUGUCCUUGGGGUGACCGGGUCGGCCGACUUGAACCCAGAAAGUCAGCACAUGGGCCUGGAUGAAGAUGCUGAGGCCCGUGCCACCUCUGAUGGUGGUUUGACCCUGCAGCCCCUCCUGCACAUGGUGAAAGCUGGCAGCCCCUCAGACAUGCCCCGGGACUCGGGCAUCUACGACUCGUCUGUGCCUUCCUCUGAGCUGUCUCUACCACUGAUGGAAGGACUUUCAACAGACCAGACGGAAACGUCUUCCCUGACAGAGAGCGUGUCCUCCUCUUCAGGCCUGGGUGAGGAGGAGCCUCCUGUCCUUCCUUCUAAGCUCCUUGCCUCUGGGGCUUGCAAAGCAGAACUUGGUUGCUGCAGCUACACUGAUGAACUCCAGGCGGUCGCCCCUUUGUAACAAAAUGGAAGAGUCUAAGCAUUGCCACUUUAGCUGCCACCUCUCUGAUUCCUCAGUUCCUCUCUCUGAUUGCAUGGCCCACGUGGAGCUGAGGUCUUCUACAAGGAUACUGAAAGUGAAAUCUGGCCAGUAUUUGCUCCCUUUGGCCCCAACCCUCUUCCAGGCAAAGUCUUCAAUUUUCUAAAAUCAUACAGAGCUCUGAAAGGCAUGCACAUAAAGUCUGGCAACAGCUUGCCAUGUCAGGUCAGUCCUUGGGUCAGAGCUGGUUCUGGGAGAGCGGGAGGAAACGUGAAGAGAAACAGAAGAAUUCCUGCACUGAUCAUUCAGACCUCACUGAGCUCCGCAAACUUUGCCUGUCUGCUGUUGGCUACUUUGAUUGAAAUGCUUUGUGGAAAGGCACUUUUAAUGUCAUUAUAGCCACAGAAAUCAAGCGCCAGUCUAUCUGGAACCUGUAUUGUAUUGUAGGUGAAUUUACUGUCCAGUUUUGAAGCAGAACUUAAUAAUGCCCGGACAUUAAAUAAGCUUUGAGUCAAAGAUCAAGAAAGUGACUAAAUGCACAGUUACCUUUUAUAAAAGAAGUCUUGUGUAUUACUGGGUGGCAUAGCUGGCUGAAGUGGGCAGGGCCAGGCUGGCUAUCUUGACCAUUCCAUCUGGGAUAGGUUGGUCAAUGUGUAGAAGGCACCAGAACCUCCUCUUGGUCUGAGGAGGUGUCCUCUUGUAUCAUGUAGGGGCCAGAUCUGCCUGCCACUUCCCUGGGUUACAUUUACUAUGCUGUAUCUCAGAUGCUGGUUUCUGGAAGUUUAUUUUUAAGAAACUGAUACCCAGCUGGGCUGUAUUAUUGGAAGCUGCAGUUCGUGCUGUGG